GUAGUUGUUUGAACUCUUUCUCACGUUCCAAAUACGUUGUGUACCCGUGAAAUCUGCACUACUAAUCCCAUGUGACAUUUGAAAGGCAUGUGCCGUUUAAAUACUGAGUUUCCUUUUCAAAACAAUCGUCUCAGCAGAUUGUCGGUUUAUGUCUGAUUUCGGUGAUGACGGUUUAAACGACACACAGCAUCAUGGAUGAGGACAGUAAACCGUUACUAGGAUCAGUGCGAGCUGGGGAGUAUUACACGGAUUCACUGGACCCCAAGCAAAGAAGACCGUUCCAUGUGGAGCCCAGGAAUAUUGUGGAGGAUGAUGCUCAGGAGAGAGUGUCUGCUGAAGCUGCGGUACUGAGCAGUAGAGUUCAUUACUACGGCCGUCUGACAGCCUCCUCAGACAGACUGCUGGCACCUCCAGACCAUGUGAUUCCUUCUCUUGAGGACAUCUAUAUCUACAGUCCACUGGGAACAGCGUUCAAAGUGCAGGGAGGCGACAGCACUGCCAAAAACCCCAGCAUUGUCACAAUUUUUGCCAUAUGGAACACUAUGAUGGGAACAUCUAUAUUAAGUAUACCAUGGGGAAUAAAACAAGCUGGUUUCACUCUGGGCAUCAUCAUCAUUGUUCUUAUGGGCCUGCUGACACUCUACUGCUGCUACAGAGUAUUAAAGUCCACAAAGUCCAUACCUUAUGUGGAUACCUCAGACUGGGAGUUUCCUGAUGUGUGUAAAUAUUACUUUGGGGCAUUUGGAAAAUGGUCGAGUCUCAUCUUCUCACUGGUGUCACUGAUUGGUGCGAUGGUGGUCUAUUGGGUUCUCAUGUCCAAUUUCCUUUUCAAUGCAGGGAAAUUCAUUUACAACUAUGUUCACAAUGUCAGCACAUCAGAUACUUUUGGUACAAAUGGAACAGAUAGAGUGAUAUGUCCGUAUCCAGAUGUGGAUCCAGACAGGAACAGCAGCGGCAUUCUCCUGUACUAUGCGACUGAGAACAGCACUGGUCAUGUGUUUGAUCUCUGGUGGAGCAAAACCAACACCAUCCCAUUUUACCUCAUUGUUCUGCUGCUGCCACUGCUCAAUUUCCGCUCAGCUUCUUUCUUCGCCAGGUUCACUUUCCUAGGCACUAUAUCGGUGCUCUAUCUCAUCUUUUUGGUCACAUAUAAAACUAUUCGACUGGGCUUUCACCUGGAGUUCCACUGGUUCGAUUCAUCAACGUUUUUUGUUCCAGAGUUCAGAUCACUGUUUGUUCAGCUGAGCGGGGUUCUCACAUUAGCAUUUUUCAUUCACAACUGCAUCAUCACGCUUAUGAAGAACAACAAACAUCAAGAAAACAAUGUGCGGGAUCUGUCCUUGGCUUACCUGCUGGUGGGAUUGACAUACCUCUAUGUGGGAGUGCUGAUCUUUGCUGCUUUCCCAUCACCACCGCUGUCUAAAGAGUGCAUUGAACCAAACUUCCUGGAUAACUUUCCCAGCAGUGAUAUCCUAGUGUUUAUAGCGAGGACCUUCCUUCUGUUCCAGAUGACCACUGUGUAUCCUCUGCUUGGGUACCUGGUGCGCGUGCAGCUCAUGGGCCAGAUCUUUGGGGACCAUUACCCAGGUUUCUUUCAUGUCUUUUUCCUGAACAUCCUUGUUGUCGGAGCUGGAGUUCUGACGGCCAGGUUUUACCCCAACAUUGGUUCAAUCAUCAGGUAUUCGGGGGCCAUCUGUGGCCUGGCUCUGGUGUUUGUGCUUCCUUCUCUGAUCCACAUGGUGUCACUCAGACGCAGAGGUGAGUUACGCUGGCCCUCGGCGCUCUUCCAUGGCUUUCUCAUCCUGCUCGGAGUGGCCAAUCUGUUCGGACAGUUCUUCAUGUGACACGCUGGGCCUUAAAUCAGUUGCACACCCUCUGGUUUCUCGGGGUGAUUUUCAUAGGAAUGAAGUCCUGGUAGUACUAACCUACUAAACAAGUACAGGUGAAUUUCAUUACAAGAAACUCACUCAAAGGCACCAAACGUCUAAGUUUUGACAUUUUAAAAGGAUUUAAUUAAAGUUAUAGAAUUAUCAUAUUGCUUUUAACUGCUCUUACUAGCUCAAACAAGCUAUUUCAGCAGGGAUUCAGUCAUUUAAAAAAAUUGUAUUGUAUUUUUCUUCCUAAUAAUUGUCAUGAUUUCAUCAAGACUCUGAAUUUAAAACGUUUAGUUAAAUGUGGAGUGAAGACACUUUUGUUACAUGUGAUGAGCAGAUGAUUAUUACUGGAACUGUACUGAACGCCACUGAAUUCUGCCUAACAUCACUGCUGGAAUGUGCUUUGAAUUUUUCACAAGUUCUCAGAUUAGACACAGAUAAGGUCGACGUGCAACAGAAAUGCAACUCGAAGCUCUUCCGGACCCAGUCCUCACUGUGACAGUGUUGUGAAUGCUCUUGUAUCAGUGUACUGAAAUUUAACUUGUGUAAUUAGUGGAUAAAAAAAGGGAAUCAAAAGUCUAGACUACAGACAAACAUUUCCUGAUGACUGUUUCUUGCUGAUAUUGCAGUGUUUGUGUCAUUCUCCAGCUGAAUCUGAGCGUACUGAUGCAUUCUGUGUGUUCAUCUCACUUUAUAAAAUGUGCACAACAAAUAAGGGAAGCUUAAAUUUGCACACUUUUGUGAGAUUCCAAAGCUUAAGUCACUUUUAAGCAUUUCUGUCACUUUCUGUCUUAUGUUCUUGUGUAUUUUUUAAACAAUUAAAUUUAAGUGACAUUGUGACCUUUCUGUAUUUGAACAACUUGUAUUUCAGAGUAUAAAAUGAACAGCACACAUUACCUAAACAUAGUUCAACCCUAAAAAAAAUUUCCAAUACAGAACACAACAAGUGUUGUUAACAGAGGGUUUUUUAAUGGUUUCCUUCAUAAUGCUUUCCAUUCACUUCAAAAGUGCAAAACUACAUGUGCUACUUUUUACAGGAAAAUUGUCAAACUCUGAGUAAAUGUUUUCAUAUCACAGCCAACACUUUUUUUUUUUUUAUCAAAUGUCAGAGGAACAAAACUGCAUAGUUCCAAAAAUAUGCUUUUAAACAUCUGUUGUGAAUAAAAAGAAUAAACUGUUUAA